GUAGGAGUUGAUUUGGCCGGAGCCGUGUACGUAAGACUCGGGAGUUGGGAUUACGUCUACUCCUUCCUCCAAAUCGGAUCGGAUUGAUUCAAACAAUUCCGCAGAUGAAAAAAACCCUAAUUCGAAAGUUGUACUAGAAAGUCAGGAAAUCAAAUCAAAUGGGUGGGAGCGAGUUUCGGUUCUUCCUCUCCUGCGAUAUCAACUCCCCCGUCACUUUUCGUAUCGACAAGCUCGAUGGAAUCUUUCCCAUCCGGAAAUCCCCUGAUUCGGAGGAGAAAAAACCAGAGCUUUACAUUGAGUGUGCAUUGUAUAUCAAUGGAGCUCCUUUUGGCCUUCCCAUGACAACAAGAUUGCACACUACAGGACCACCAUACUGCUGGAACGAACUCAUCACUCUCAGUUCUAAAUACCGGGACUUGACUGCUCACUCUCAACUUGCCAUCACAGUAUGGGAUGUUUCGUGUGGAAAAAGUAAUGGACUGAUUGGUGGUGCCACCAUCCUUCUCUUUAACAGCAAGAUGCAAAUGAAAUCAGGGAAGCAGAAGCUUAGGCUCUGGCAAGGCAAGGAAGCGGAUGGUUCAUUUCCUACCUCUACUCCUGGAAAGGUUCCACGGCAUGAGCGCGGUGAGCUAGAGCGUUUGGAGAAGCUCCUGAAUAAGUUUGAGAGGGGGCAGAUCCAAAGCAUUGAUUGGCUGGACCGACUUAUGUUGAAGUCCUUGGAUAAAAUCAAGGAACAAGAAAGUUCCAAACAUGGAAACUCAAAUCUUUACUUGGUUAUCGACUUCUGUAGUUUUGAGCAUCGAGUUGUAUUUCAGGAGUCUGGAGCCAAUGUGUUGAUAACUUCCCCAAUAGGCUCAACAAAUGAAUUUGUUACAGUCUGGGAUACAGAACUGGGAAAGUUUAAUCCUUCAGAGCACAAGCAGUUAAAGCUGGCAAGGAGCUUGGAUCGCAUUAUUGACAGGGAUCUCAAGCCCAGUAACGCCGAGCGGAAAUCAAUACAGAGCGUUCUGAAAUAUCCGCCAACAAGGACACUGAGUGGAGAUGAAAGACAACUUCUUUGGAAGUUCCGUUUCUCUCUGAUGUCUGAAAAGAGAGCUCUGACAAAGUUUCUACGCUGUGUGGAGUGGAGUGAUGUUCAGGAAGCAAAGCAAGCAAUUCAACUGAUGUACAAAUGGGAAACGAUCGAUGUUUGUGAUGCCCUGGAGCUACUUUCUCCUCUAUUUGAAAGUGAAGAGGUUCGAGCAUUUGCUGUGAGUGUCCUUGAAAGAGCUGAUGAUGAAGAGCUCCAGUGUUACUUGCUUCAACUAGUUCAGGCUAUCCGUUUUGAGCGCUCUGAUAGAUCUCGACUUUCUCAGUUCCUUGUUGAACGGGCAUUACAGAAUAUUGAGUUGGCCAGUUACUUUCGCUGGUAUGUUAAUGUGGAACUUACUGAUCAUGUCUAUAACAAGAGAUACCACAGCACAUACAACUUACUCGAGGAGAGUAUGUCAAAGCUACCACCUGGUGUUAACGGAGAAGAUGGAAUUAAACUGUGGCAAAGUUUGGUGCGCCAAACAGAACUGACGGCUCAGCUAUGUACCAUUACACGAGAAGUGAGAAAUGUACGUGGAAACACACAGAAAAAAAUUGAGAAGCUUAAGCAGCUUUUAAGUGGAAUCCUUAGCGAGCUUACCUACUUUGAAGAGCCUCUCCGAUCACCCCUUACGCCUAGUGUUAUCAUAAAGGGGAUUGUGCCCGGAGAAUCAACGCUCUUUAAAAGUCAACUGAAUCCUCUGCGGCUAGCUUUCCGAACAGAAGACGAAGGAACUUGCAAAGUUAUAUUUAAGAAGGGAGAUGAUCUCCGACAAGACCAACUGGUUGUUCAAAUGGUUUGGCUCAUGGAUAGAUUGCUUAAGCUGGAAAAUCUUGAUCUCUGCCUAACACCUUACAAGGUUUUAGCAACUGGACAUGACGAAGGAAUGCUUGAGUUCAUUCCAUCACGUCCCUUGGCUCAGAUUCUCUCAGAGAACCGAAGCAUAACAAGUUAUCUGCAGAAGUUUCAUCCUGAUGAGCAUGCUCCUUUUGGGAUAACAGCCACUUGUCUCGAUACGUUUAUAAAAAGCUGUGCGGGCUAUUCUGUUAUCACAUAUAUACUUGGGAUUGGAGACAGACACCUGGACAACCUUCUCCUUACAGAUGAUGGCCGUCUGUUCCACGUUGAUUUCGCGUUUAUUCUUGGUAGAGAUCCUAAACCAUUCCCUCCACCAAUGAAACUCUGCAAAGAAAUGGUGGAAGCCAUGGGUGGAGCAGAUAGCCAAUACUACACGAGGUUCAAAUCCUACUGUUGUGAAGCCUACAACAUUCUUCGCAAAUCAAGCAACCUUAUUUUGAAUCUGUUCUAUCUCAUGGCGGGUUCCACUAUUCCGGAUAUAGCUUCGGAUCCGGAGAAGGGCAUUCUCAAACUCCAAGAGAAGUUUAGGCUUGAUAUGGACGAUGAAGCAUGCAUCCAUUUCUUUCAAGAUCUGAUUAAUGAAAGCGUAAGCGCUCUGUUCCCGCAAAUGGUUGAAACCAUACAUAGAUGGGCUCAGUACUGGCGUUAAACCACAUGGUUUAACAGACACCGUGUUAACUUGAUCAGGAUAAUAUAGAUGCCAAUUUACUUUGUCACGUUUGUAACACUCGGAGGUUUGUUUCUGUUCCGGCCUUUUAUUCAUCUUCUGUCGAAGGGCUGUGUUAUAUCUGUAAAUAAAUCUCGUUAGCCUUGGAGAACAAGAUUAUUGACACUCCAAAAACGCCGUGUUUCAUCUUCAUUCCCUUCAUCGCUGGGCUUCCUUUUCCUUGUAAACUGGUACUCCAUCAUUUUAACUCUUUUGUGAAUCGCCUGUUCGUUUGUGUUGUUGCCAUGUUAGAGCAUCUCUAUUGUAUUAGUCAAUAUUUUAUUCUAAAAUGAAAUAGAAUUUUACUCCAAUGUAUUAUUUCAUUUUUUAUUCUAAAAAUAAUGUUUUAAACUUA